AGUCGAGCGGUCACCAGUAUGGAGGAGGGCGACGGAUGGCACAAUGUCAGUCUUGCUGAGAGGGCUGCAGAGUCGGGGCUUACCGGCAAUCAGGCGGCGGUGGUGGUGGUGGCGGCGGCUUCCGAAGGGGACAGGAAGAGGGAACAAGAGAAACUCUCCGGGGUGGUGAAGAAUGUGCAUAGGAAGCUGCGCAAGAAAUACCGAGAAGUGGGAGACUUUGACAAGAUCUGGCGUGAACAUUGUGAAGAUGAGGAGACUUUGAGUGAAUAUGCAGUUGCAAUGAAGAACUUGGCAGAUAAUCAUUGGGCCAAAAGCUGUGAGGGUGAAGGACGGAUUGAGUGGUGCCGAAGUGUUUGUCAAGAAUAUUUUCUGAAUGGUGGAAUGAAGAAAGUACUUGAAAAAGAUGAGAAAAGGGCCAGGCUUGCUAUUGCCAUGGCUACCCCAACCUUCAAUGUGCAAACACCUGAAAAGAAAGACGAUCAUUCUGCCUCGAAUGGUAUAUUAAUGAGUCUGGAUGCUUCCAUUACAAAGUUAAUAUCUUUUUCAGGAAAGAUCAGACUACUGGAUGUUGGAAGCUGCUUUAACCCAUUUUUGAAGUUUGAUGAAUUUCUAGCAGUUGGCAUUGACAUUGUGCCUGCAGUGGAGAGUGUGUACAAAUGUGAUUUCCUCAAUCUUCAGUUGCAGCAGCCCCUCCAGCUUGCUCAAGAUGCAAUAGAUGCCUUUCUCAAGCAGCUAAAAAAUCCUAUUGACUCCCUCCCAGGAGAGCUGUUUCAUGUUGUUGUUUUUUCUCUUCUACUGUCUUACUUUCCUGCCCCUUACCAACGCUGGAUCUGCUGUAAGAAAGCCCAUGAACUUCUUGCACUCCAUGGUUUGCUCCUUAUAAUCACACCUGAUUCUUCUCACCAAAACCGUCAUGCCUAUAUGGUUAAGAGCUGGAAAAUUGCCAUUGAAUCUUUGGGAUUCAAACGGUAUAAAUAUGUUAAGUUCUCCCAUAUGCAUCUCUUAGCUUUUCGGAAAAUUUCUCUGCAGACAACAAGUGACCUGGUCAGCAGAAAUUACCCAGAGAUGCUAUUUAUUCCACAGGAUUUCAAUAACGUGGAUGAAGAGGAAUACUUGAACACCAGCUGUCAAGAUAGAUCAGAACUGGAAGAUGACCAAAUAGCUUACAGUUUUUUAGAGCUACCUGACGCCCCAUAUGACUCGGACUCUGGAGAGAGCCAAGCAAGCUCUAUUCCAUUCCAUGAAAUGGAUGAUCCAGUUUUACUUUUAAGCUAACCUAGGACUUGUAGUUAUUUGCUACCAGAGCUGCUAUGUUGCCAAAAUAGUUCUGCUGCAUUAUAUAACUCUCUUAUACAGAACAUGCAGUACAGUUUGCACUUAGAAAAUUUGAAAAGUUUAUAAAGUGGAAUAUCCUUUUUCUAUAUUUGUUAGAAAAAUGAAAGCAUUCAAGGGAUACAUAAACAAAACAAACACCUAGUAAUGUUCUUAAGGAAGCAACAAUAUCAGUGUGAGUUGACAAAAGAAACUGACUUCUUAAUGAUAUGGUAAAGUAAAUGUCUGAUACUGCAGUGUAUUUUUGUCAGCCUUGUCAAUUGAAAGUCACCCUGUUAACCUUGAAGAAUUCAGAGGUUUUACGAGUGGCGAUGUCAUUGUAUUCACAAAUACAGGAGAAGCAACAAAAUUAUGACUAUAACAGUGUAGGUGAUAGAAUCUAAAGCCAGGAAAAAAAAACUCAAAGUAAAAAUGUAUUUAUGGUACUUAGAAUUUCAGUUAAUGGGCGCCUUCCAUGCUUUAUCAUUCUAUGAUUCCAAAUUUUACUUGAAUGAUUACAUUGUUGCACUCCUAUAUAUUACCAACUUAUUUGCUGACAGGGGCAUCACUAUAUGGGAUACCAAUUCUGGAACAAGUGUUGUUUACCCCUAAUUUUGUUGCUUUGGCAAAUUUGGAAGGAAAAAGAAAGAAAAACUUCUUUUAAGAAGUUAAACUUCUGCUGGCUGCCUAUAGUUAGGCUAUAAUUCACACUACUACUGUGUGUAACUGUGCAGUUAGUCACACAAAAUUCAAUGUUAAAUUUUCUUGACAAGCAAUUUGCUCUGUUCAGUUUUUGAACAAACUGGCAUUGGUCUUGUUGAAAAGUGUAUGCCAUCUUGUCCUUGCGAUCUUUGGCUGAUGACCUUGCAAGAAAAGGAAAUCACUGUAUCGAGAUGUGUAGUCAGCAUCUGUUGUAAAGCUGUGGGGAGGUAAAUUGAGGAACAAAACUAGAGCCUCUUUGCAAAAUUAUGUGCCACAAAAGAGGACAAUUGCCUAAAAUUUGUGUCUGUUGUAUUGUAUACAUCUGUGAGUAGUUAGUAGAUUUUCUUGUUAGUAUUCUUUUCUAGCACGUUGAACAGACUGGUAAAUGCAUGUAUAUUACCCGGUUAUUAGCAGAUGGCACUUGUCUGGAAAAAAAUCUGCAUCUAUGCAGCCAAAGGAAUGAAGCAAAAAGUGUGAUUUUUUUUUCCCCGAUUAGAUUAUUGAACAUAUAAGUUAACAGUUGCCAGUAAACGUAUAGAAUGUAAUGGCUUAUUUUUAAUCGUCAUUACAACUGUGCUAAAAUAGAUUACACUCAAAUUAACAAACUCAUUGAUAUGAUACUCAAUUUUUUCACUAAACAUACUUUGUUUAAUAAGGCCAGCACUGUCACUUCUGGAAAAUUGGUCAAAGAAUAUUAUGACACAUUCUCACUGAAGUUUUUAGCUGCAGACGAAAGGGUAAAAAUCUUUCCCUCUCAAUAUACAAAGAAUCAUCUGUUUAUUGUACAUGCCACCUAUCUUGCCCUAGUGGAUACACCUUCCCAAAUGAUGAUUACCUGCUUCAGAAUAGUUUUUGUCUUUUUUAUGUACAUGGCAGCAUAAAAGUAAGCCAUUUGACACAUGGAGCCUGUCUGGAUACUACCUUUAUAAUAGAGUAAUCUAUCGAACUUCAUUCUCCAGUCUCCCCUGUAUCCUUCUAUAUUCUUAAUUUUCAUGUACUUAACCAGUAAAUUUGUAAAAGCUGCCAUUUAUGGUAAAACAUGUCAUGCUCUAAUGACCCUCUGCAUGCAAAAAGUAAUACAUUUCUCUCUUCAUUCUUCUGGUGGUUAUUCAGGUUGUGUUGCCUUGGUAAUAAUUUUUGACAAGUCUCCCCUUAGCAAUAUUCUUGUACAUAUCCAAUUACAUUUCAAUCCUACCAAUAACCAGAGCUCAGUACUGAUGCUCAUGCUUGUCCUUCAGUAGAUAUUCCAAGGUCACACAAUUGAAUGGAUGCAAUAAACUGCUGGUACUUUUUAAAUAGAUUAGAAUGAGAUGAUGAUUGUCCAAAAGGCUUUAAAGGAAUAUGGAUCCCUGGAAUUUUUAGUCUGGUAAUCUAUCUGUGACAUACAAAAUCAAAUAGCGUUCAAGAGCACAGUGCUGGUGGGAUAAAGGAAACAGCUUCCCACAUUUUGUAUGGCUUAAUCAAACAGCUACUUUUGGAUUUCUAGCUAACUUUUUGGCCCUUAAUUCUUGACUGACUCUUGCAUUUAGAAAGUGCACCCUGUAGUGCAUUUAAGCAUCAGUUGUAGCAUUGGUUAACCACUGCUGCAGCUAUAACAUAAAUUCAUGCUCAGCCUGAAGUUAUGGUUUAAACUGACACCAAAACAAAGCAAAGUGAUGCAAUCUCAAGGAUGGAAUCUCACUUUGCUGCACUUUGGAGUAGGUUUGGGGAUUAAUCCCAAUUUACACCACGUAAAUUUAGCAUUGAUGUGCAGUCAAAACCACCUUCUCUCAGUGCUUCACUUGUAGUGUAAAUCCACCCUAACAUUUAUUUAGCAUCAGCAGCAAUUUUCCGAAAAUAUCGGUCCUGAGUAUUUUGUAACAGUGUCAUAAUACUGAAUCAUUAAAUACAGUAGCUUAAAUUUUCUCUCUGCAAAUUAAUUUGAGUUUUGUAGUACAUUUUAUACUUUGCACAUUCCUCAGUGUCAGGCUACUGAUCUCUACAAUUGUGAAUAAUAACACUAAUUUUAAUAGAUGUUUGCAUUUUCAUUUGCUGGUUUUUUUCAUAAUAGUAAGAUAUUACUGCCUGUGCAGCUAGCUACACAAGUCCCAAACUCACUCCUUUCAGCUUUUACAAAUGCACUGGUAUAUAAAGAAAUUAAAAUAUUGUAGUUCACAAAUAAUGUAUAGAUAAUUCAAUAACUAAUUGACACUGAAAUAUGUUUUGGUACAUCAUGCUCAGUUUCGACUCUUAUUUUCAUUCAUUAAUCAUUUGUGAUUUUUAUAAAUCAUCAAAGCCGGCAGUUGGGAACAAGUUGAACAGGAUUGUGUUUACUUUUUCACACAAUUGUUUCAGUUGCAAAGCUAUAGACACAGAAGGGUGCAAUGACUCGGCAUAGCCCAAAAAAAAGUGGGAUGAUGCACUUAUAUGGAGCUUUGGUAAUUGCAAGUACUUGGGUAAAAUCUGGUGGCAAAUCAAAGCUUUAUUUUUGAUCCUACUGAAAUACAAGGAUUGGUCUUAUUUUUAAAAGUACACAUUUCUUGUGAACAUAUAAUUUUAAGUUUAAAAAACACUAAAAUAAUUAAUAAAGAAAAAUGUGGGCUAAAUGUAGGUUUGAUGUUUUUAGAUCGUAAACUAAAACAGCCUUUUUUAUUCGAAUUUUUCACAGCACAAUUCUGCAUAACAAAUUUUGUAGUAUAGAUGUGCAACAGAGAUGAAUAUGUUAUUGAAAUGUAAAAGGAUGUUACUUGCUCGGUAUUUGAAAAAAAUAUGGCAAGUUAUCCUGUUCACCAGCCAAAGGUUAGCAGGUAAAAUGGCAUUUUGAAAAUGCCACUGAGUGGAAUUGUGUUUCAAUGUUGCAUUUUAUGAAAAGUUUACCUCAUAAUGAGGUUUUGCACUUGAACCUUGUGACCUUGGUUAUAACUAUUUUGCUUUUAAGUGAAUUUCAGCUGAUACUCCAUCUGCUCUGAUUUAGGCUUUAAUUGUUUAAAUUUGUUUCUGUUCUGGUUAUUUUCUAAUAGCUAGAAUUAAAAGUUGCAUUCAUGUGAAGAGUUCAACAGCCUUUUUUGCAAUUUUGAUUUAUAUUGUUGUUCUAUUUUAUUGUUAAAUUGUUCAUGCUGUGAAUAUUCACCACUGUAGGUGCCAAAGACUGAAAUGGCAUUUUGCUUGGGUUUCCAUUAUAGUAUGGUUAGCUAGGAACUCACCAAUUUGAAAAGUAUCAACAUCCAUUAACACCUUUCUGGCUUGGACAGAUCAAAUCCACCUUUGUUUAUUUUGAAAACAAUAAUCUGAAAGUUUUUGUUUCAAAGAAAUCUACAUUUUUAGAAAGUAAUUGCAAGUAACCAUAAACCUUGUAAAUUUCCAUUGUUCUUGGACGUUGCAUAGCAGCAACAGUUAAUUUAUUGUAAUUGGAAUCGGUUGAAUUUUCAUUUUCUAUUGACUCAGAACUACUACUAGGCUGGUUAAUAGGAUGUUGUAAUAAUCUUCAACUGAAUUGUUUAGCAGCUAUAACAUUUUCAGUUAUCCUUCUUAUGAUAGUGUUUAAAAUAUGACCACAAUUUUGAAACUGUGAUUUCCGAAAAGUUGGCAAGUUAAAAUUGCACAAAUGAUCAAACUGUGAAUUUGCUGUUUAAUGAUCAAAUAUCAGUUCAACUCAAGCUGCCUAAUAUUGACUAAUGUAUCUCAUAAAUAAUAAUUACAGACUAUAACUUGCAAUUUAACACUAACCAUGGAAACCCUCCAGUCUUAGCAUUAUUAAUGCUUGAGUAUUAAUUAGCUGAAUGGUGCAGUUGAUACUAAAAUGUUACAAAAAUUUAAACUUGUUUACUGAGUUUUUCAUUAAGCAUUUACAUAUCUUUUUCCUACAGGAUCUGUACAGGUUGGUCAACAUAAUGGAAAAUUGAACUGAUGCUUAACGGUAGCUUUUUUAGUUAUUGCAUCAGUAUCUGCUCUUACUAAAAUGAAUGACUUUUUCUAUUGUAUGUAAACUUCAUUUUUCAUACUGGAAGUGCUUAAAACUAUACUUGCUGGCAUCGAUCACUUAAAAUGGUAAAACUGCAUUGUGACAUAUCCACAAUUUUCUGAGUGUCAGCUGUGUAGUUGCUAAGGCAAUAAACUGAAAUUUUCAAGGUA